UUUUUCUUUUUUUUUUUUUUUUUUUUGAGACGGAGUCUCCCUUUGUCACCCAGGCUGGAGUGGCAUGAUCUCAGCUCACUACAACCUCCACCUCUCGGGUUCAAGCGAUUCUCCUGCCUCAGCCUCCUGAGUAGCUGGGACUAAAAGUGCCCACCAUCACACCCAGCUAGUUUUUGUAUUUUCAAUAGAGACAGGGUUUUGCCAUGUUAGCCAGACUGGUCUUGAAUUCCUGACCUCAAGUGAUCCACUCACCUCGGCAUCCCAAAGUGCUGGGAUUACAGGCGUGAGCCACUGCGCCGGGCUCCAGCAUUUAUUUUUGAUGUAUCUUUAUGGUAGAAAAUUUGGAAAGUGCAGAGAAGUAUACACAGGAAGAAAAAUUCCCAACCCCCAGAGGCAAACCAGCUGAAACCACGCAACCCCAGUCACCCCAAUGCACCGUGAGGCUGCUGCCUCCUGUCAGGGUCAGAUGACCCUCGAGGCUCAGGAAAGUCAGAGGAUGCCAUCUGCAUGGUGGUGAAUUACAGAGGUGAUGAGGCAAGGCGGGUGUGGGGCUGUUCUUAAAAUGGGGCAGCAGGACGGCCCCAAGGAGAUGGAUUUGGGCUGGGACGGGAAGAGAGAGCGGGCCCUGCUGGGGUGGGUGGUUGUUCAAAUGGUGGAAACAGCAGACGCAAAGGCCCUGCCGUUGGGACCAGCUUGUGGAAUAAACUUUCAGAAACAGAUCAAAGAAGGUAGGUGGCUGGAAGGGGCAGCAACGAUGAGGCUGGAGAGGGAGGCGGGGCUAGGCUGGUGCUCGGGCGACUUGCUGGGUGGCCCUAGGAGCACAGUGAGGCCAGUGUGGCUGGAGGGGAGUGGGGAAGAAGAGGGGACGGGGCAGGUUCACAGGAAGGAGGGCCCAAGACCAACCUCGGGGACCAGGAGAGCCCUGUCUCCUCUCACUUCGCAUUUUCCAUUCUGUCUCUGGCCACCUCACUACCUACAGUGGCAGGAAAAGGAAUCUCAGACCCAAGAUAGCCUUCACACUGUGGCGGGGGACUGCUAGCGAUGGACACGCGUUAGGUUUCAUCCUCAUUUCUGUCCCUGUCUGAGGCUGAAAGGCACAGGAUUUGAACACAGGCCUGCCUGAGCCCACAAGAGGCUGCCUCCGGGACCUGGGAAAAGGGGAUCAAUUGGACCUGAUUCCCACCCUCUCCAGUAGAGACGGGGUUUCUCCGUGUUGGCCAGGCUGGUCUCGACCUCCUGACUUCAGGUGAUCCACCCGCCUCAGCCUCCCAAAGUGCUGAGAUUACAGACAUGAGCCACCGCUCCUGGCCUCUUACCCAGUUUCUACACGGAGCUCCUGAUGCCUGAUGGCCAAGAGGACAUAACCCCACCCGUUCUAAGGGCAUGGAGUGUAUUUUUAGAGUGAUUGGACAAAAUAUGUGCCGAACACCUACCUCAGGCCUGGCGCAUGCUGGAGGCUGGGGUUAUAUCAAUGCAAAAGCCAUUCCCUGUAUUUAACACGUAAAUGAAUUAGUCUUUUUAACUCUCCUAUAAAGUAUUUGCUCCAUUUUACAUAUUAAACGCUGUCAGAACUGAGCUGCUGUGUGAGGCCGGGGCCGGACUUAUCUUUCUGAAGCACAGAGAAGCGGUUAUACGGGGAAGUUUGGGAGAACUGGAUGAGCAGCCAGCCCCGCGAAGGCUCACGGGGAACGUCCCCGCCCCUUCCGGUUCUUGCCUGCUUUGAGCUGGCUGUCGCGAGAGUUGGUCCGCGGACGCCGGAAGUAGUUCGUCGCUCCCUAGCGGCCGAAGGGGCGGACUCGCGGGCUGGGGGUGUCUCGACUGCUUUCGGCUUGCUCGGCGGAGCAAGAUGGCGGACAUCUCCCUGGACGAACUCAUCAGGAAGCGCGGGGCGGCGGCGAAAGGACGGCUUAAUGCCAGACCGGGAGUUGGAGGUGUCCGAUCUCGAGUUGGGAUCCAGCAAGGCCUUCUCAGCCAGUCAACACGCACAGCCACCUUCCAACAGAGAUUUGAUGCCCGGCAGAAGAUUGGCCUCUCAGAUGCCCGGCUCAAACUGGGAGUCAAGGAUGCCCGGGAGAAGCUUUUGCAGAAAGAUGCCCGAUUUCGAAUCAAAGGGAAAGUGCAGGAUGCCAGAGAGAUGUUGAACUCUCGCAAGCAGCAGACCACGGUGCCCCAGAAGCCCCGCCAGGUUGCUGAUGCCCGGGAGAAGAUCAGCUUGAAGAGGAGUUCCCCUGCUGCCUUCAUAAACCCACCCAUUGGGACAGUGACCCCUGCUCUGAAGCUCACCAAAACCAUCCAGGUUCCACAGCAGAAAGCCAUGGCACCACUUCAUCCCCAUCCUGCCGGAAUGAGAAUCAAUGUUGUCAAUAACCACCAGGCCAAACAGAAUUUAUAUGACCUGGAUGAAGAUGAUGAUGGUAUAGCUUCCGUUCCUACUAAACAGAUGAAGUUUGCAGCCUCAGGCGGCUUUCUCCACCACAUGGCUGGGCUAAGCAGUUCCAAGCUUUCCAUGUCCAAGGCCCUCCCUCUCACCAAAGUGGUUCAGAAUGAUGCAUACACAGCUCCUGCUCUCCCUUCCUCUAUUCGAACAAAAGCCUUGACCAACAUGUCCAGGACACUGGUGAACAAGGAAGAACCCCCCAAAGAGCUGCCAACUGCUGAGCCUGUUCUCAGCCCAUUGGAAGGCACCAAGAUGACUGUGAAUAAUCUGCACCCUCGAGUCACUGAGGAGGACAUUGUUGAGCUUUUCUGUGUGUGUGGGGCCCUCAAGCGAGCUCGACUGGUCCAUCCUGGGGUAGCGGAGGUGGUGUUUGUGAAAAAGGACGAUGCCAUCACCGCAUAUAAGAAGUACAACAACCGGUGUCUGGACGGGCAGCCGAUGAAGUGCAACCUUCACAUGAAUGGGAAUGUUAUCACCUCAGACCAGCCCAUCCUGCUGCGGCUGAGUGACAGCCCAUCAGUGAAAAAGGAGAGCGAGCUGCCUCGCAGGGUGAACUCUGCCUCCUCCUCCAACCCCCCUGCUGAAGUGGACCCUGACACCAUCCUGAAGGCACUCUUCAAGUCCUCAGGGGCCUCUGUGACCACGCAGCCCACAGAAUUCAAAAUCAAGCUUUGAGCAGGGGAGUGAGGCAGCCAGAAGUGGGGGCAGAGGAGGGUGGCUCUGUUUCCCCAAGGCAAAGCUUAUGACCAAUGGGCCAUCGGACUGGAGACCCCUGAUUGUGGGAAGGGUUGCCAGGGAUAAAGAGCUUCCUCACUGGAUGGGACCCGCCUUUCUGUGUUGUGUUCUGCCCUGUGCUCUUCUCUCUACGUUAACGUUUCCUGUAGUAUGUUUCUUCUCCAUCUCAUCGCCAAGGUAGGCUUGUGUUUUUCAGUGUGUGCCUCCCCAAGCCUCAGCCCCAAGCUGAUUUCUUAUCUGGAAAUGGUACACUGAAUUCUCUGGGUGGCUUUCUUGUGGCCCCAUGGGAUGCAGCGUGGGGGCUGUCUGAAGGACCCUGCUUUUUCCAGUGGCCGAGGGGCUGCCUUUCCUUUGUGUGUAUUAAGCUUUUCAAACAAUGGAGGGGAUGAAAAGCCCUGGUGUCCUGACGGGAGCCAGGUCGGCCUGAGAGCUGUGCCGCUCCUCUGUCUUGUCAGUGGAGGUGCCUGGGUGGGGAGCAGGUCUCAGGCCUCUUGUCCUCUCCCCAGUGGCUCCAGGCCUCACUAGUGGCAAGGGCAGGAUGAGGCUGCACCACUGGGAAGAGUCUAUCUAAGCUCUUGGCUUGGAGUCCCGUGUCGUCUCUGCCCAGAGGAAGUUCUCCAGAGUUCACCUUUCCCUUUUCCUUGAGUUGUGCUGAAUGCCCCACCCCAGCUCUCUUUCCCUUCUGGGUGUCUCUGCUGGGAGGGGGCUGUGUUGUGAGCCCUCCCGGUUCUCACCUCGCCUGGCACUUAACCACACCCUGGUUUUGUGUAGCCGCCAGCUCUCUUCUGUUUGUGCCUUUGAAAGGCUCAGCCUCCCAUUGUGCAGUGCUUGGGUUUGGAGCUUAUUUGAAUGGAAGAGGUCAGUUUGUUCCUGGCUCUCCAUUUCUGGCCUCAGUUGUCUACAAGACAGUGGUCAGGGAUGCCUGGAGGCAUAUAUCCAGCUGCCACCAAGGGGCACUGUUUGUUCCCACUUAUGUGAGUGACCCAUCCAUCCAUGACCAGAGGAUUAUUUUCCUGCCUUGGCAGAGGAGGAGGAGUCAAGGGAGCAGGGCAGCUCUGCCAGGCAAGGUGUUUCCCCAGCAUAGGCGCAGGCAGCUGGGACAAAACUUCAGAGCCCAGGCAGUCCCUGAAUGACCAGGCCAGUGUUGUCACUGAGUGGUCCCCUGCUGGUUGGGAGUGAAGAGAAUCCAGGCUGGCAGAGCUGGAGCCAGUUGGGGAGCACGGUUCUGGGAGCUCUGCAAAAUCAGUAGCAAGUGCUGGGAAAGGCGCAUGCUGAAGAUACUCAAGAGCUCCCAAGAUUUGCUUGAGGCUAGCCCAGUGAAGACAAACCAGAGACUCAUGUUUCCAGGGGUCAGUCUGUCAGGCAGGAAGGACCCAGGGUUUGAACCCAGCUUCAGUGUGCAGGCUCUGAGGCUGCCCAGGACGGGAAAGUCCAAGGAAGGGGCCUGGUGGUGCUCCACUUGCAGUUCUUUGAAGAAUGCUGCUUUUUAUUCUCCUAACCCUUUCAAGUGGGUGCAGACUUCUCGUUAGCAGCUGGAAGACAUUCCUCCCACACUUUACCCUUCCUGGCCCAAGAGAGCAUCCAGAAGGCAGUAGGACCUGGUUUUUCAGGUACUGGGAGCAGGGGGCUCACUGCUUGCACUCUGCUUAGGGUAGGGAUGGUAAAUAUCCUGCCUGCAUGGCUUUACCCUCCCUCUCAUCCCAAAGCAGGUAUCUUCUGGUUGUCACAGAGUUUCAUUGAGUCCAGCUGCAGCCACGUGGCCAUCUGGAGCUGGUGCUAUAGGUGACCAUCUGGUACAUUGAGGGGACCUGUUUGCCUCCUCCGCUCUAUAAGCAGUCAUCUUGGGAGACCGGGAGGAGAAGGUGGUGGGCUAGUCCUGUGUCCUCCUCCAUUUCCCAUGCCUCUAUGUUACCCAUCUGUGUCUCCUGUGCAGAAGGACAGGAAGGGGCAUUAAGAGAUGAAGGGUGAUUAUGUAUUACUUAUCCAUUUCUGAAUAAACAUUUGUUAUUCCUA